AUGGCGACCUCACACGCUUUCCCACCUGAAGAAAGUUUACCCCAUCCUCCACCUAUUUUUCCGCAACAAAUAAAUCCAAAACAGGCUGUAAUUUACAACAAGUCGGGCACGAAGUGCAUGAACAUUGUAAAGGAACCUUCCGGGACGCCUUUGUCACCGACUUCACCGCCUUCAAAAGAUCCUGGCGAACCUGUUCCUUCUCAUAGUUCACAAAAUAGUAACGGUGCUGCAAAAAAGAAAAAAAAGAAGAAAGGCAAAAGAAAGCCACCUCCAGAUCACAUUGAAGAUCCCGAUAUUGCUAAUGGAACCCAUAAUCAACAUACAAAGUCUCAUCAUACCAUUUACACUAGCGAUUUUGACGGAGAAGAGGUGGUUGAUGUGGACAUAGAAGAUGAUGAAGAAUUUUUCUCGGAUGAUGAAGGGUACGAUCCUGAAGCUCCGGAAAUACCUUUCCCGCGUAAAGAUUCUCUCACUAAUCUUGAUGGUGAUAAUCACCAUAUGACAGAUAUCCACAAUCAUCCUCAUCAUAACCAUAAUCAUAAAUCUCGUAAAGACGGUAUCUGGAAUACCAAUAAUAACGAAGAACGACAACGAAUAAGAGAAUUCUGGUUGCAAUUAGGCGAAGAGGAACGACGAAGUUUAGUAAAGGUUGAAAAAGAAGCCGUACUUAAAAAAAUGAAAGAACAACAGAAACAUUCAUGCUCAUGUUCCGUAUGUGGUCGAAAGAGAACCGCUAUUGAAGAAGAGCUAGAAACCCUUUAUGAUGCUUAUUAUGAAGAACUCGAAUUAUAUGCUAACCAACAACAACAAUUCGGUUCGUCAACUGUCGAAUAUCGAGGCAUUUUGACUGUAGCUGAUGACCUUUUAAAAAAUGAUGGAAAAAAAUUUCUUGAAAUGAUGGAGCGACUUGCUGAACGUCGAAUGCAAAGAGAAGAAGAAGCUGCGAUGGAACAACGUGAUUAUGAGGAGGAUGAUGACGAAUAUGAAGAAGACUAUGAAGACGAAGGAGAAGAGGAUACUCAAACAGAGGAACAGCGUAUGGAAGAAGGCCGGCGGAUGUUUCAAAUAUUUGCAGCACGAAUGUUUGAACAGAGAGUACUAAAUGCUUACCGAGAAAAAGUUGCACAAGAACGACAACAAAAAUUAUUAGAAGAGCUAGAAGAAGAAAAUCGGUUAAAAGAAGAACGUGAAUUAAAAAAAUUAAAAGAAAAAGAAAGAAAAAAAGCUAAAAAUAGGGCUAUAAAACAGCAAAAAGAGGAAGAAAGAGCAAGGAAAGAAGCUGAGAGGCUUGCUGAAGAGCAAGCAUUACGUGCAGAGCGUGAGAAAAAAGCCGAAGAAGAACGUAAAAAACGUGAGGAAGAGCGUCUUCGAAAAGAGGCAGAACGAAGAGCAAGGGAAGAAGAGCAACAAGAGGCAAAAGAACGUAAAGAACGAGAGGAGAGAGAACGAAAAGAUAGAGAAGAGAAAGCUCGUAAGGAAAAAGAGGAAAAAGAGCGGCGUCAACGCGACGAACGUGAUAGAAAAGAACGUGAGGCUAAAGAACGAAGAGAGCGUGAGGCGAGGGAACGAAAAGAAAAUGAGGAAAAUGAACGGAAAGAGCGAGAAUUAAGGGAACAAGAAAAGGUUCGUAAAGAAAAAGAAGAAAAGGAGCGUAGAGAACGCGAAGAAAAAGAUAGAAAAGAUAAAGAAGAAAAAGAACAGAGGGCUGUUGCUUUACCCUCCACGCGGCAACAUCUCGAGCGAAAACGCACUAUUCCACCAAUUGGUCAACCUUCGGUACAACAAUCACAACCACCAAUAAAUAAUCAACCCGCUAUACAAUCUAAAAAUGUUGCUACGAUGUCUAACGGAGCUAUUAAUUGGAUUAAUUAUACAUCACACGAAUCACAUCAAACUAUUCCUCCACAUCAUGCUAUAAAUCAACCUCAUUCAGUCAAUCAUCACAUGCCCCCACCCCCAAAUCAUCCACCACAUCCAAUAUUUAGUCAAAAUGGGCCACAACCUCAGUUUGGAGGGCAACCUGGAGGGAUCAUAAAUGGUCCAGUAGGAAUGAAUAAUGAGAUCGUAAAUGAUGUAUAUACGAACAAUAAAAAAAUACUUAAUCAACCGCCACAACAGCCAACGAACACUUUACCGGGGAUGAAUCCCGCAUCUUCACUGUUCGCUACGGGAUUAGGCCCAAUUGGGAUGGGUGUCCAUCCACAUCAUGGUGGACCUCCGAUGCCAAUACACGCUCAUCAUCCAGCAAUGCGACAACAGAUACCUCCUCGAGGGUUCAAUCCUAUCGGGGCAGCACCUCACCUAACUGGUCCUGCUGCAGGUGUUCCACCAUCAGUAGCAUCCACAAAUUUAUCUCUCCUUAAUGAACCUGUAAUUGGUGGCAAUGGAAAUAUUGGUACAGGAGUCAAUACUAACCCACCACCUGGUGCAUUUGGUGGAUUGCCCCUAGGUGGAGGACAAGGACCAUUAGGUCCACAAACAUUUAAUUUGGGAACUCAGGUUGUUGGUCAACCAACACCCUCUUCUCAUAUUGGCCCUAACGUCGUCCAAAAUGCUCCUUUGGCUCCUAUCGGGCAUCGUAGGAUGUCACAACAUCCUGAUGAUCCUCAUAUCAAAGCGGUGCAUCGACCACAACCGAUACAACGUCCAUCACGAAGGGAAUCAGUUACGACGCAUACAUCCCUAGACACACGAACGCGAUCGCCACCACCAGGGUUUGGUAAUAUGGUUGGAUCUGGUGCAUUGAUUGGUGAUGAUCAAUCACAUCCAAUGACGAAUAGGCGACAGAGCCUUGCAACUGCUGAAAGUUCAUAUUUCUCUAAUUCUUUAUUUUCAGCCUUGCCUGGAGAAACAUCUCAACAGUCGCAGUCUUCACAGAAUCAACAACCGCAACAUCAACUAGGGUCGUCGCGUCUAACACAUAGAUCUGUUGGCGAUAAUGAAUGGCCUCCAAUAAGAAGAUCUGGGGGAACAGAUAAUAUUAGUGAUACAGUGUCUAUUAAUAGUAGUAAUAAUAUAGGUGCAUCAAAUUCAGAUAUUUGGAGUCUAAAUAGUGUUAACUGGUAUCAAGAAGGUAAUAACAAUGCUAAUCGUAGAGUAAUGGGCAGUUCGAAAGACUUUGGAAUACCAUAA